CAACUGCUGCGGCGGCAGCAGCUUUCCUCUCUUCGAGAUGCGCUCGCCGAGAAUAGCGAUCCUCGUCCUCUUCUUCGCCGCCUCCCUCUUCCUCCUCUGCCGUUCUGUCGUCUCCCUGCACUCCUCCCAGCAGCUGCUGCGACAGCAGGCCACACCCCUGCGCCCCCACACUGCUGCAGCAAAGGCCUCCUCCUUCACCUCCUUCCUCUCCUUCACCACACCUUUCACCCUCUUCCCUCCCAACGCCGCCAUCUCCCUCACCGACGAUAACUCGACCUUCUUUCCCGCCCGCCCUGCCGCAUUCGGUGCCCCGCUACCGGCUAAGGGCUUGAGCGGCCAGCUAUGGAUCGGCAGUGGCUUUGCCGAUGAGGCUCUGCUGGAUGUCGAGGGCGAGGGCGAGCUGGGCUGCAGUGACCUGCCGGGCUGGAGUGAUGGCACUGCUGCUGCCGUCAUGGGCCGCAAGGGCACCACCGCCAUCGGCCUUAACGCCAAGGCUAAGGCUGCCCCGGCCGCUGCAGGCAGACAGGACAAACAUCCCAAGAGAUCAGCAGACGGCGGCGACGAUGACGAGACCGAGACCCUGGACGAUGGUACCGACGACUACCUCCACCGAACCUUUUCGGCCAAGGCACCCGGCUACGAGAUGACAACAGUCACGUCGAGCCACGCUGAUAUACAGUCUAUACAGGAGACGGCCGAGAUCACAGGCAAAGUGGUUCUGCUGAGCCGUGGAGGCUGUGGCUUUCUGGAGAAGGUCAAGUGGGCCCAGCGACGCGGCGCAAUCGGUGUCAUCGUCGGCGACAACCAGAGGGGCGGGCCCCUCAUCCAGAUGUUCGCCCGGGGCGACACCUCCAACGUCACCAUCCCUGCCAUCUUCACCUCGCGCACCACCGCCCACCUUCUGUCCUCGCUCAUGCAGCCUGGGAGCUUUGCCGAGGACAUGACCGACGAGCACGGCCACUCGACCUUCAAGAUACAACAGCAGCAGCAGCAGCAGCAGCAGCAGCAGCAGAAGCAGACAGACAAGGGUUCACCGCUGGUGGGUGGCGCAGCUCAGCCUGGAAAGGCGGCCAGCAAGGAGGAGGCUACGGCAGGGGCUGCAGCAAAGGAAGAGCGUUCCAAGCAGCCAGGUUGGUUCGCACGUCUGUUCGGAUUCGACAGUAGCAUGAAGGCUGUCGCCGACCGCAGCAGGCCUCCUAGCAGCGGUCAGCACGACUGGGUGCUCGUGGAUGACUGGAGCGACGAGAAGGACAAGGUCAUCCGCAGCAGCCUGGAGAAGGCCUCCAAGAGCUCCAAGAGCGGGACGGGGGCGGGGGCGGCAGCAGCAGCAGCAGCAGGCCAGAAGGUCUCGGGAGAUGGCUUCCAGAUCGGCGUGCAGGACUGGCGUGACCCAGACCUCGUCGACACCCCUAGCACAGGUGCAGGAAAAUCAUCUCCAGGCGGAGCGGGGGCAUCUUCUACCGACAAGUCGACCAAAGAAUCUGCCAAGAAGGCCGACAAGUCCAAGGACACCAACAACGGGCCCAAGGGUGGCAGCAUUACGCCUGGCAGCGGCCAGUAUGUACCUCAGUCUACCAUCAAGGAUAAUAAGCAUGCCUCGACCAGGGCAGGUGGGCAGCACAACGGCGGCGGCACCUCGGGCGGCCUGAUGUCCAGGAUCUUUGGAGACGGAGACAACGAUGGCGACGACAACAACGACCCCGCCCAGUCCAACACUGUCCCCAACAAGGCCAUCAACACCCCUUUGACAAGACAGCCCGAGGAGCAUGCAGAACCGCCCAUCCAUCAUGAGGGCCUCUGGGUGACCAUUACCCCGACCGGCAGCACCGCGCCCUUCUUUGACACGCUUCUUGUCCUGGUCAUCAGCCCGCUCAUCACCCUGACUGUAGUCUAUGCCCUGCUGAUCCUGCGGGCUAAGAUACGACGCCGCCGGUGGAGGGCCCCCAAGUCAGUGGUCGAGCGUCUGCCCGUCCGCACCUACCACACCGUCGCCGCCACCUCGAGCAGCCACACCUCCAGGGUGCCCUCCCCAACCUCCUCAUCGCCCACGACGCCGCUGCUGCAGAACUCCGCCCGCCCGAGACCGCGCUCGCGGACCGCUACUGGCGUUCCCGAUGCCGACGAUCUGCUCAGGGUCGAUACUGCUCUUCGGGCCUCAGCCUCUCCUUCAAGGCCUCCAGCAGCCAACGCCAACAACAACGCCAACAACAACAACAACAAACCUAGCCAGUGGAAGAAGUACAUGGGCCGCCAGGUCGAGUGUGUAGUGUGUCUGGAGGAGUACGUCGACGGCGUCAGUCGCGUCAUGAGCCUACCAUGCGGCCAUGAGUUCCACGCCGAGUGCAUCACGCCGUGGUUGACGACCCGGAGGCGUACAUGCCCGAUCUGCAAAGGCGAUGUCGUGCGGUCGCUGGCUAAGGGUUCGCCAUCCAGCCCACGAUACGAGCCCUAUCACGACGACAGCGAUUCUGACAUGGAGCCAGAAGCCUCAGGGUCCGCGUCGAGGUUCGUUGACCAUGAUGCCGACGUCGAACAAGGCUUUUCUCCCGCUUCGUCACCACCCCGCUCCGUGCCUGACAGGUCAGGUCGGCCGGAGGGAUGGCUGGGCAUGCUAUCCAGCAGCUUCGGCACCAGCAGCUACGGCUCCCACAGCUUCGGCGCCAACAGCCUUGCUUCAUCGCCGCCAAGUCACAUCCAGGAGGGGGCCGAGGACCGUGACCGGUGA